AUGGGCGCCGGCACCGAAGAUGCCGGAUGGUCGGAACCUCUGGUUCCGCCCGUCCCCGAAAAGAAGAAGAAGAAGAAGGCAGCCACCAGCUCCCCUCCCAAGACUGCACCAGCAACGUCGUCGCCGGCAAAGGAUGCGCCUGCGUCUCCGCCGGCACCUCCUGCCGGUGCACCGGAUCCUGCCCCCCAGCCAACUUCUCCGGAGGGCGCCGUUAUCACCGCACAGCAGCUUAGUGCUGUGGUCACAGCAGCGUCCGCGCCCCCUUCCGGCUCCCAGGCUCAGUCCCUGGUGUUGCACGCCGGGCGCGCCGCGGUCGUAGCCGGCGAGAAGGCCUCAGCUCAGCUGGGCCGGAUCGUUGAGCUGACCCACGAUGGGGCCGACCUAGGCCCACUCAAGGAGUACGCCGAGAAAUGGAACCGGGCGGAUCUCUCCGACGCCACCUGCGGCCUUGGCAAGGAUAAACUGCCGGUGGUGGACAACUCCGGUCCGCGGAGCACGGUGCAACAUCUCAGCCGGCUCAAGCGGGCCAUGAAGGAGUUUGACACCGCUUGGCACGACGCCAACAUCAACAUGGUGGGCACCCUUAACUCCCGGAAGCAGCUGUUCGAGGAGCUGCUGUGGGAGCACCGGGACCUUUCUGAGGCCUUCUCCGCCCUUGAGCGUACCCACGCCGCCCUUCCGGAAGCCUCGCUUGAAGAUCUUACCGGCCAAAUCGCCGCGCUCAAGGCUGAGAAGGAGAAGGUGGCCCUUGAACACCGCAACACACUGGAAGCCCAGCGGAGCAACUCCGCUGAACUGAAGGACCAGCUGGUCCAGGCUAGGCUACAGCAUGAGCGGGCGCUGAAGGAGGCCAAAGCUGCCGGCGAUGGCAAGGUGGAGGAGGCCCGGAAGGAGUUUGCUGACGCCACCGCGCAGCUGCGGAAAGAGCUGGAGGAGGAGACUGGGCUGCUGCAGCGGGCGCUGGACCGGAACACUGAGCUUACAGCGCAGCAGGCUGAACUUGACCGGAUGGUCCGUGAUACCGACGCCCAAGCGCUCAAGUUCUUUCCGGACUUCCAGGCGCACGCGCACAAGAAGAUCAUGGAGCUGCGGGCUGGGAACCCUACCGGCGAUGCGGAGGCCCCUUGGAACACACAUGAGCAUCUCGUUGCGCUGCAUGCCCGGCUUUCCCACAUGAAGGUCAUCGACCGGCAUCUUCGCGACGUGCCGGAAGUUGCCUUCCAGAUCUUCAAAUUCUUGUGGCCUGGGGAGCCCGUGCCGGAGAACUUGACUCUUCUUGCCCAUCGGCUCAAGGAUGCCGGCAAAAGGUUCAGUGAGUGGAAACGCUCUUCUGCCCGUGCCGGAGCUGACGCAGCACUUCGUGUUGCCUGCUCCUGGUACGAGGAGCUGGACCUGGAUGCUCUGCACAGCCUGCGUGGAGAUGCUCCUACCGGCACGGAUCCUGCGAAGACCGCCAAGCGUCGCGAUCGCGCUUACCGGGUUGCCCAGUUCGCCUCUACCAGCACCUUCAUCCCUCCUCCCGCUGACAUCGAAGAUGAACUAUCUGACGAUGAGGAGGAUGAAGAAACCGGCGAGGACGAGGUGGAGGUGCCUGAAGAAGAAGCUGAUGCCCCUCCAGAGCAAGCCCGGAAGCGCCGGUUGUGCCCGAAGCUGCCCCUGAACCCCCUGUUGGCCAAGAUAACUCAUCUCCUUUGUAUCACACCCCCUGAUCCUGUACUUAUGAGAAACAAUAUAGUGAAAUUUCCCCGGUAUGCCGGGUGGGAGUUGUAUCAAUACAUUUAA